CAAAGAGAAGGCUGUUGGUUUCCUUGCCAGCGGGCAGCGCCUCAGGAAGGAAGGAAGGCCGGCAGGCCGGUCUCCCUCCUUCCUUGCCUCCGGGCUGAGGGCUUCCAGUCCGCCUUGUGACGCCAGGCACCACACAGUCCCCGUGGGGGGAAGGCGGGCCCCUCUCCCGCCCUUCCCGGCGACGGUGGCACCGCCUCCCCGCCCUCGGAGGGAAAGAAAAGCGCGAGCGGCCCGGCAGCGGCGGCAGAGGCCGGUUCCUGGGUCGCCAUGGGCUCUCUGGCGGCGGCGGCGCUGAGCGCGGAGUUCUGGCGGGGCCUGUCGGGGCCCGAGGAGGCGCGGCUGCUGGCGAGCCUGAGCUGGGGGCUGGUGGGCGGCCUGGUGCUGAUGCUGCCGCUGAGCAACGUGGUGGGGAUGCCCUACGGCCGCUACACCUCGCCCUACUUCGGCCUCCCGAUCCCUGCCGCCGCCGCCUGGCUCCUGCAGGAGUCGCCCUCCUGCCUCGUCCCGGCCCUGCUCGUCCUCUGCAGCGACGGCGCGCAGCUCGGAGCCUGGCCCAACCGCAUCCUCCUGGGGCUCUUCCUCUUCCACUACACCUACAGGUCAUUCAUCUUCCCUUUCUUAAUUCGUGGAGGAAAACCAACACCUUUCGUUACUUGUUUUUUAGCUUUUAUAUUCUGUUCGUAUAAUGGGUAUUUGCAAGGACGGAGUUUGAGUAACUAUGCAGAUUACCCUUCAAACUGGCUGACUGAUCCACGUUUCAUAUUAGGUCUUAUAGCAUGGAUGAGUGGUCUGACAAUUAAUAUACACUCUGAUCACAUUUUGAGGAAUCUCAGAAAACCAGGAGAGACAGGCUAUAAAAUACCAAGAGGAGGAAUGUUUGAAUAUGUAACUGCAGCAAAUUACUUUGGAGAAGUUCUCGAAUGGUUUGGAUUUGCUCUUGCCUGCUGCACCAUAGAAAGUGCUGCUUUUGCCAUCAGCACAUUAAUGAUACUAGGAUUACGAUCAUACAAGCACCAUGAGUGGUACCAAAAAAAGUUUGAAGACUAUCCACGCAACAGGAAAAUACUUAUUCCCUAUGUGUUCUGAAUUCCAUCUCAUACUCUCUGCUGCUUCUGAAAUAUUACUGCUGCUAUAGAAGAAGAAGUUGGCUAAAUAAUCUCUGGUGCUAUUGUGAAAAAAGAAAUGAAAAUGAAAGGUUGGCUAAAGAUUUCUGGUGCAGAUAAGGAAGGAUGUUUUUUUUAGAGUGUGCCUCUGAUGAGAAAAUAUAUUCCUUGUAAAAUCAUAGAAUUGGAAGAGACCAGUUUCAGUGCUUUCAACUAUGAUACAGUUCCAAGUGGAAUAGGAGCACAGUCUCUUCAAAUGUGUGGCUGACAAAACAUGGAAAUAAAUUCCUGCAUGUCAGGGUGAUGGACUGGAUGGCCCUUGUAGUCUUUUCCAACUCUAGCUUCUAUCAUUCUAAAUUAGGUGGACAGGAAUUAUCUCCAGGAAAGGACAUGGCUAAUGUAGAGCAUUUCUUUGCUGCUUGUUAUACAUUUCUAGGACCAUUGUGUGUCCUGCAACUCUGUUUCAUCCCCUUAAGAAACUUCUCACUAGAGCAGAACUGUUGAAAUGAAUAGAAUCUGUCACAGCUAAAGUAAAACCGUGUUUAAUUUAGCUGAGGAUAUUGAAAAAGAGGGUUCAAAUGUUUUACUAUAUGGAAUAUCUUCAGUGUUUUGGUCUAGGAAUAUACUCUAGGAGUCUACCAAACAUGUCCAAUAUGAUCAUCAUAGACAAUCCCUUGUAGCUGAGUAUGAUCGCCUUCCAAGUGUAGAUCUUAGAGACCUAUUCUUAAUUUGCAUGUUCUUUUGCAGUGAGAACAUCGAUUUCCAGGUCGAAGGCGGUCCUGACAGGGAUUGGCAUGACACGCCUUCCUUUUGACACAUUUCUCCCUUUCGCCCUUCAUUUGUGCCUCUUCGAUUCCACAGCACUGUUAGUAACAGCUGACCUCAUAUUAGAACGCUCGAGGGCCAGGGUAUCCCAGUUCUCAGUGUCUAUUCCACAGUUUUUAAGGUUAGCUUUAUAAGCUUAACAUAUCCAAUAUGAUGCCACACCUUUCAGGAUGGAAUAUCUGACUUGUCUCACAUUUUAACACCUUGAUUCCUCUUAUCUUUGAAAACAAAUCAAACAAUUAACUGAUUUAUGAUGGGACAAAGAAGGUUGCCUUAUGCAAAACUUUUAUUUUUCCAAGUGAAAGACUAUAAUAUAAACAAUGGCUAAAAUGUUGAUUGUUAUACAUAAAACAGAAAGAUUAGAAAAAGUCUUUGGUAGUAAAAUUAGUAUCCAAUGAUUGCUUUUCACAUUUUUUUCUCUGCUCUUUUUUCUGAAAAUGAAUGACUUUUUUGUCCAUUUGAUAAAAUGAAGAACACUUAUCAGAAUAAUUUACACCAUGCUUUAUCAUCUCUUAAGAUGCUACCUUUCCAUGUGUUUGGCAAUUUGUAGAUUAUUUUUACAAAUACAGUAGAAUCUCCCUUAUCCAGGCUGUGGCACAGGCUGUUGAGCAACCAGCUGCAACACAUCACUCUGACCAAGAGGUCAUGAGUUCAAGGACCUGAGUCAAUACGGUUCAGAAGAAAUAUUUCACUUACCAUUUAUAGUUUGAUAAAUUGUAUUUAAUAGGUUUAAAUGAGAAAUUGCCAAGUACAGUGAUGUCUUGCUGACAUUUCUUCAAAUACUACUCAUGGAAUAUUACUCACAGGGAACAAAUACUGGUGCUUUUUAGUCUAAUAUGGUCAUUUGUACUUAAUGUAUUUUGUCUUAUUAUUGAUGAAAUAAAACUAUUUUCCUACUCAUAA